UUGAAGGAUUAAAAAUGAAUAAAUGCUAAUUCUUUCUCUAAUCCAGAUACUCUUUGUUUGCAGCCAGGAUAGACUUCCUUCAUUCCCUCACAACUUCAAGACAGGUUUUCAUAAUGGAUAGGGUUGAUUCUCCCAUUAGAGUCACAAUGAAACAAAUUGCUUAAGGUUUAUCAAAGUUCAUACUUUUCUUUAUUUUUGUCUUCUGUAUUCAAAACAUCCUUUUGACAGGUGCCAUCUCAAGGAAAUAGGCAGGAAUCUCUCUGUCAAUUCAUUCUUCUAGAUGGAGCUUUGCAAAUAACUGGAUGUGUGGGUCCUUGCAUUAUCUGCAAUGAAGGAUCAAUCCUUUGGGGAAGAUUUUCUGCUCAACCUUAGUAAGAUCUGGAGAUCUUGGGAUGACACAGAAAUUUUCUAAUUUAGUAGAUUUUUCCUUAAUGUUCCCUACUUAAGAGCCAUCAUUGGUGAUGCCUAGAGCCAAGGAAGACUUAACCAGUACAGUUCCACUAAUUAUAGGGAGCGAAACUCCAACUAAGUGCCGAUAAUAGUGAAACUUGGAAGACUUGUCAAUGCUCGUUUAGCCUAUGUUAACAACUAUCUCUCCAACAUUUAUCAGUCUAGUAGAAAAGAGACUCUUUCUAAUCCUCAUGCUAUUGUAUGUGUACUUGGGUGACCUCGAAUCUCUCUUUCAUACGGGUGCCUCAUUUAUUUCUUGAUGAACUUCUUGACUCUAGAAGCACCAAAAUCUCUGUCAAGCUUCUCUUUGAAUAGAUUCAGCAACCUCUUGUCUAUUGUGGAAGGCUUUGGAGACUCAAUGAACUUUCUCAUUUCAUCUUCCAUAAGUUUCCGGAGGCAUGAAUCCUCCAGAGCUCCUUAAAGAGGACUGCUUUUGAAUUCGUUUCUGUCAGGCACCAAUCGUUUGAGUCGGAAAAUAGUUGAGACUGACAACUUGUAGAGAGACCUAAUAUCUUGAAUAGAGUUAGGAUAAACCGCAAAAGUCUUGAUUAAAUGCCCUAGGUUCUUCUGAUUAAACACUGAUGCUUCUUUCUAAAUCAGAGCUCAUGAUGUAGCUCAGAGUUAGUCCAAGGAAAUGCUUCAGAUGAUUCAUCGCUCCAUAAGUUUUUACUCAUUUUUGUUACUUCCUUCUAUCCUUCAUACCAACAGAUCUUUAAUUUAUCAGUGCCGGAUCGAUCAGAUUCGAUAACUUCUGUUUGAAGAUGUUUAUAUAAAAUAUCAAUAUUCUGCUUCAAAGAAUUAAUAGAUGUGCUGACUCCAUAGUUCUCCAUACUUUUUACCUUUUUUCCUAGUCCUUAGUGACUUCUUUACUUGUAUUGAUCUCUUCUUCAAAGGUUCCUUAGAAAGCCGGUUUUAUGAACUGAAUCAAGUCUUUGGAAGUCCAGUAAUAAUGCUUUUCGCCUUUGCAUUUGAGUUCCUGAAUGAGUCCCAUUCUGCUCGCAAGGUGAGUCUCACUCUCUUUGCUUCCAUUGCAGGCUUAAAUUAUGACUCAGGAUAAAUGCAAGCGUAGUGUUUAUAUGUCCAUGAAUCUGAUUUUGUUAAGAUAGCUAUCCUCUUUAAGCAAAUGCUGCUCUGGAAAGAACAUCUGCAGAAUCAGAUCGACAGGAAUUAAUGUGAAUUUCUACUUACUGAUAAGUAAUGUAGAAGAAACGAAGUUUUAGAUUCCUUGUAGUCAUUUAAAAUAAGAUAUUGUGCAUAGAAGGGUAGAAAGAAGUAGCUAAUUUCUUGGACUUGCAUCGGAAGUUAUAUCAAAGUCUGAGUUUUAUAGGCUUAUGGCUUCAGAGGGAGUCCUGUAUCUUCCUCCAUACAAAUAUUGUUCGAAAGAUUUCAUCGCACACAUUCGGUACAAAACAAAGAGAGUAUCAAUUGUUCCUCAUUCUCUGCUUAAAUGUGGAACAUAAUCUCUUGAGAACAUUUGACUAAAAUUAUUAUUUUUCCUUCUUUCUGGAACUCUAUCCCUUGAUCUGGAAGCGUACGAGAAUGAAUUGAGAGCCCCGUUUAAGUUUGGAGUACUAUUACAAACUUUCAAGGUUCUUUGUUGGCCAAUAUGUUCACCAAUUCUUGCUUUAAAUUAUAUGCCAAACUUGUAAUCCUCGUCUCAAGGUGAGGCUUAGCUUCAUUGGCCUCCCUACUUUAUAGGAUUGAAAGACCGCUUACAUUUCAGCACUAUCUUUUGUCACAUUUAGAGUUCCUUUCAGAGUCUUUAUUAUUGAUGCUAUAUUUAGUAACUCAGGGAUUUUCCUUGAACUUCCAAGGUCUUCUGGCCUUUAUUCCCCAUUUUCAUAUCUGGAUGCGGGUACUAAUGUCUGUAUGAAACUGCUUCUGCCUUUACUUAGCAAGGAGGUGUCAUUCUGUGCCUUAGUAUAGUUCCGAUUUGGAGAUCUCUAACCCAUUUCAGUACCUAUCAUGGGGAUUUCAAAACAAAGAAGGCGUUGUAGUCUUCUAUAAUCAAGCUAAUGCUUUUCUUAGCAAUAAUUCUAUCCCUCAGAUGUUCUUCCGCUUGAAGUCCUUUCUCGAUUUCUACGACUCUC